AUGGAAUUAGAAAAAAAAUGUGGUGAAUACAUAAUCCUAGGAACAUUAGGAAAGGGAGGUUUUUCCAAAGUCAAAUUAGCUGAGAAGGACGGAUAAUACGUGGCAAUCAAAAUUUUCAAGAAGGACAAAGAUACGGCUUAAAACAUAAUGACCCUUGCAAAUGAAGUGAAUAUUCUUAAAUUAAUACUUCACCCUAACAUUAUCAAACUUAUUGAUUUCAGCGAUGCACUUCCAUACAGAAAAAGAAAUGGAUAAAUUGUAAAUCGCAUUUGCAUUAUACUCGAAUAUGCUUAAGGUGGAGAAUUUUUUGAUUACAUUAAAAAUUUUGGAUGUCUCUCUGAAGAAAUUACUAGAUUCUACUUUAAGUAGUUAUUGGUGAGCAUGAUUUUUAUGGCAAACAAAGGAAUUUGCCAUAGAGAUCUGAAAUUGGAAAAUUUGUUGCUUGAUCAAAAUUUUAAUCUAAAAGUUGCUGAUUUUGGAUUAGCCGCAUUUUUACAUCCUUAAAAUAGUGUUAUUGGAACAAAAUGUAUGUAUUGUGAAAAUUUAGAAUAUGCGGCACCUGAAAGUCUUCAAAACAUUCCUUAUGAUGGAACAAAAGCGGAUAUUUAUUCAGCUGGCAUGAUUUUACAUAUCCUAGUUACUGGUUCACCACCAAACAAUGAAGCUGUAUUCAAGCAAAAAUUAAAACAAUAUUUACUAAAACGAAAUGAAAAUUUAAACAGAAAUUAGAUUUUAUAGAGAGAUUAGUAAAUCCAAGAGGAUUAGAUUAUCUUAGAAAAUUAGACUAUUUCAGAAGAUUUGAUAAACCUUAUUUGUGGAAUGCUAGUUUUAAAUCCUAAUAACAGAUUUAGUUUAGAUUAAUGUAUGUAACAGCCAUGGACUAAUGGACCAAUGGCUACAGAAUAGCAAAUUCAAAAAGAACUCCAAAGAAGAUAUCCAAAAACUUAAGGCGAAAAAACCGAUUUUUUUAUGAAAAGGCAAGCCUAAAGGAUUAAAGAUGAGUUCAGAAGCAGUGACGAAAGUAAGGUAUAAGAAUGUUACUCAUAAAUUAUUGAACAAUAUUAGUUAAAUUUCUAGGAGAGAGUCUUAACAAAAGGUAGGGAGUUAGGAUUCCCAAAUGAAAUUCUCAUUUAUCAUAAUCCCAAGGUUGUUUUCUGUUUUCUUUUAAAAGAAUGUUCAAGAUUUUCCUCUAAAGUGAGCUCAGUCCAUAACAAAAAAUAUUAUAUUGAUUUUCAAACUGAAGAUGAAAUAGAUGAAACUAUAAAGUUCUCCGUCUAGAUUUUAGAUUGCGAUAAUGAAAUGAUUAAGUUAAAUAUAUACAAAAUCUCCGGAGAUUAUCUUGGAUUUAAAGAAAUCGUGAAUAGAAUCGAACAGAGUAUCAACAAUAUUGGCUAAGUUAAUAUAUGA